CUGGCAUGCCAACUAACCUGCGCGUCGUGUCCAUUCUGCAGAAAGCCAAAAAUGUGGCCCCUGGAUAUUUUCCCUGCCGUUCUUUGCAAUGGACAGCAAGACUGUUGAUUAUAGAAGGACGUUAGACGUUCCUUUUUGAUACAAUGGAGAUGCUGUGAAGGUCUUCUCUGGAGGAGGUAGGACAGUCUCUGUUGUCCAGGCAGACAGAUUCUCUUGGCAACGCGUGAAUGCUCUCAAGUCUCUUCUUUUUCGUCACUCGACACUCCCAAACGGACCUCUCAUCAUCCUCAAGCAGUCCGUCUUUGUUUUCCACAGCCGAGAAGGUCUCAUGAUGAGAUUAUCCUGCCAUUUGAUCUGCAUCAGGACCGUUCAAAAUUCAUCGAACGGGGGAGCACCAGACUCCUUGAUAUUUCUCCCGGUGCCGAGAGAGUUGACUUUGACGAAGUCGUCCUGGUAAACCAUUUUGGCCGGAUUGACUUAAUGCCACCAAGCCAUAGCCAAAGAAGAUCGCAGGUGUACCAUGCUAUCUCACUUCGGACCCAAUGAUCUGGGCUCCAUCGUUCCCAUCCACCGUCCAAGUCGCUCACAGAUUAGAACCCACCCUGAUUUCAGGGAUAAUGAACUGGCAGUCCACCUAAUUUGCAGCUUGGUCCGCGGUUUCUUCGCAGGGUCUAACAUUGCGAUGACCGAAAUCCAGCUGUGAGGACAUCUCGUCAUCAUUGUCCUGGGGGAUGAAGCUGGAGACAACGAUGUCCUACGCAUGGUUCCCAAGUCCGUUGCGGACUGCAACUGCUUUUAUCUCUUUGAGUCUGAAAUAGCCCAGCCUGUGAAGGCGUACAGCACAAGCAAUUUUCCAUUAAGGAAGGCCAACAGCUUCUACAGCAUGAGACUGAGGUCCAAGAAGCUCCAAAUGCUCAACCUAUUGAACCAGCACCGGCUGCAGUUGAGCAGCAUGUACAGGCACCACCACAGUGUAGUGAUUGCCAUAUUAUUGGACAUAAGUGAUCACAAUGUCCUAAUCGCUAUAGAAACUAGUUUUUAUAAAUAUAUGUGCUUUUGGGAGGACACUGUCCCCUGUCCUUUUGGGCCAUGGUCUAAGGUGGCCCACUCGGUGGUGGAUUACGUUAUGCUUUAAGAUGAUCUUAGUCAUCGCCUGAUUGGAAGAGCUCC